AUGGAACAUAUUCUUCUUUCUGCAAAUUAUCCCAAUUCCUAUGGACUUGGUAUAUAUCAUAUUGAAGACGAAACUUUUUUACGUAUCUUGACUGAGAACGCUUCUGUAUUUCACAUAAUUCCAAAUCAAAUUUCAUCACUUGUCAUCCAUAUCGUGCAAGGUACAUUUCCUACUUUACCAAGCGAUGGCAAUUCAGAUAUAUUUACAUAUAUUAUAACUGAAUGCUCCAAAUUACGAUCUUUGUGUGUUGGUCCAUCUGUAUUUCAUCAUCAUCAAUUAUCAUACCGACUCGCUGCUCCGGUUUAG